CCUUACUGUGCCCGCCAUCCACACGACAUUUACGACAUGAACCUCAUCAGACUUUAUGAUGGCGACGAGGUCCUGAUCACGAUCGCGACAGCCUGAUGAUAUUCCCUCGCUCGACCGCUUAGAUCGCAUAAUUGAUUCCUGUCGUUGUCUGAGCGCGACGCCCUUUGCCCUGUCGGACUCCCAUCAUCAGAUCCGCCCGGGCGAAUUUCCUCACGCGACAGUGUCCCACUAUCUCCACGACCACAUCCUCGACAUUUGGCAUCAAAACCUUCGAAGGCCUCCAUUGUCUGAUGCCAUCUCAACAUGGCCUUCAAUUUCAACUGGUCGCCAUUGGCCGCCGACGCGGAUUUCUAUUCGCGCGCGCGAGAAAUGCUUACGGCUGCGCUCAAUAAAUCACCGAAGCCGCCCAUAAUAGUCGACGAUAUUCUGGUCAACGAACUGAACCUUGGGAGUGUUCCUCCUGAUCUGGAAAUACUAGAGAUUGGGGAUUUGGCAGAGGAUAGGUUUAGGGGGAUCUUCAAGAUGUGCUACGCCGGGGAUGCUUUCUUGACUCUCAAGACCCGAGUCCAAGCGAACCCCCUUAACACGUACCUAUUUUCGAAACCUUCCUUCACAUCGCCCCAACCUCUUGCCGCAUCAUCCGGCUUGACAAUACCCCUCCAAAUCACUUUGUCGGAAAUCAAGCUCUCCGCCUUUAUAAUCCUGGUCUUCUCUCGACAGAAGGGCCUGACGUUAGUCUUUCGAAAUGAUCCCCUUGAAUCACUUAAGGUCUCGUCGACGUUCGAUUCAAUACCAUUCGUGAGAGACUAUCUACAAAAGGAAAUAGAGGCGCAAUUACGGACCUUGAUGAUGGAUGAGUUACCGGCUAUUAUACACAGGCUAUCCUUGCGAUUAUGGUGCCCCGAACAUAAGGCAAGGGUGGCCGAAGAGAAGGCGCAUGCUGCCAAGUUAGACGAGGAAGUGCCAGUAGAUCCGUUCGCGAGCCCACCUCAAGAUGCCGUCGAUGCGAGAGGGAAUGUCCUAGAUGCUAGUGAGAUCUCCUCGUUAUCUUUGGAUAGAGGAUCGGAGAUACAUUCUCUGUUUUCCCAGAAGAACUUGCUUCGUUUAGCGGCAUUAACGGAUUCGCACCGGACUUUGUCGUUAUUUACGCCUUCCAUUAGAGAUGCUGUUUUCAGAGCUUGGGCGGGACCUUCGGAACGUAGUGAUACGAUGGGUUCUUCUGGGCCUGCUACACCCACCCUGAUGAGAUCCCAUUCAUCACUCGGAAGCACAAGCACAACAUACACAUUUGGCAAAGGAUCCGAUGAUGGACAUGGCCAAUUAACGUCCCGCCCGUCCCUCGUUUCCCUGAACUCCUCAACUACAGGCCUUUCCCUAGGUGCAGGCCGACAUUCCAGAUCACACGCAAACCGAAAGAAGAAGACACGCGUAGUUAACCUCCGGAAAAAGAAGACUACAGACGAUAUGGUAUCUGAGUCUGCAGACAGCGAGACGUCCUCAGUUAUGCCAGCUUCAGAACCCCUCUACGCAACCAGUAUCUCGGAGGAGCCGGGAGACAGCAUCAUCACACCCCCGCGCUCACCUUCUGGGAGAGUUAGAUUCAGGACUUCAAGUAUUGAUCUCGGGGAUUCGCCGCGGAAACUCCGCCUAUCAAACCCCGGGCGUCCUGGUAUGACUUCAUUAACCGUUCCCGAGCAAGCAAUCCUCGACCCAGUCCCUCCAAUUGAGCAGCUCGACUCAAGGGCUACAGCACCAAUUUCCACCAAUCCCCACAGAUCCUCACACGCGCCAUCGCAAUAUGCCGCCGAGAAAUCAAAGUCGGAUAUCCCACAUCUCGAACCUGCCCCCAUGCUCUCAGACCCGUCAGUGCCUGGGAUUCUGGAACAAGCAUGGGUACUUAAAAUGGCGGGUGAGAUCGCCCGUCGUGCGCACGAUGAAAAAGCUGUGGCAGAGGGCUUCUGGCAGAGGGACGACAGAGAUGACACGCCGCCACCCGCUUAUCAACAGAAAGCCUAAUACCCCAUCCCCCCUUAGAGAACUCCCCUCUUGUGUUUUUAUAUCUUGAUGUACUUUAGCGUGUUUUCAUAUCUCCCUUUCGUCGUUCAGCGCCUGGUUGUGCUGUAGUCUGGCUACAGGGUCUUUGAUUCGGGGAAUGGUGGUAUAGUAAUGGGUGGCAAAGGGCGUACUCUAAUCGAGACCCUGUAUUAAAAGUUUUCUUUCAAGGAGACCCUGCUUUGCAUUGCCCAGCGCAGCCGGACAUUUUCCAUCGAUGAGUUUCUUUUGUUACGGAAUGGAUGGGGGCGAAAGGAGAUGUACCGAUAGUGUUUGAUGGGGACGAGAGGAUAUGUACCGAUAGUGUACUGCAGUGUAAGAGAUGAAAUCGAGCGCAGAUAUAC